AUGGGAUACUAUGCUGAAGGAACAAAUGUUACAUUUGUUGCCAUUUGCCGACCUUCUUCUGAUUCAAAUAAACCACAAGUCAUCAAUAUUGCGAGUUCAAAUCUAAGGUAUAGAAAUGAACGCAUUAUUAACUUGCGACGAAUGUUCAACUUGGCUCUGCUUCUAGAUCCACUCAAGGAAAUAAUUGGAUGGCGUGGUGCACCUGAACUUCUUCCAAUUGAAAAGCAUUAUAUCAUUUAUAUAAUAAUUUUUUCUUCUUAUCAUAGAGAUGACCAUAUUAUUACUGUGAAUCCCACAAAUGUCAAGAAGAUUUUCAUUGGUUUAAAUUCACAGAUUCAUAUUGAAAAGUUAAAAGUUAUCUAUGAGAAAUUAUUGCAUAAAAAUGUACCAAAUGUUGAUCAUAUUGUUGCUGUAAGUUUGCCUGAUGAAAUAAAACCUUAUUUGUAUUUGGAACCAAGAGGUAUGUGUGUUUAUCCAAAAACAGAAAAAGAAGUGAUUGAAGCUGUUUUAUGUGUACUUGAGGCACUUAUGAGUAUGCAUGGUAGUAAUCCUAUUUUCCACCGGGACAUCCGUUGGUCUAAUGUUAUUCAAAAAGCAAAUGGAAAUAAACCAUCAAAGUGGUUUCUUAUUGAUUUUGAUGAUGCAGUUUCUCCUCCAACCUUUGCAGCAAUGCAUCUUGCAAAGGAAACUCAUGCACCAGAAGUUUUUCAUGAUGAUCAUGGUGGAGAAGUUGAUGUUUGGGGUGUUGGGCAUUUAAUAGAUUAUGCAGCAAGAUUAUCAGUUGGUCUUUCUGCAGGGAUUAUGGAUGUAGGAAAAUGGAUGCAGAGUGAAACAACAUCUAGACCAACUGCUUGGCAAGCUUAUGAAAGAAUCAAAAUAUUAGCAAAUUUCAUUGAGUAA